GCCUACAGUGCAGAUUGCCCAUGUUGGGACACGCCCCAUAUCACCCUCAGCAGCCCCCGCCGCCCUCAGCAGCAGCCGCGCCUGCCCCCGCCCCGCCCCCCAACGCCAACCCAUCCGAACACAAUGCCAUCCACCACCAGCACCCGCCCCCGGGCCAGCCCCAGCCACCAGGUACCUUUCAGACUCUCCGGCUGCGCGACGACCCUCCCGCCGUGACCCAGCCCGCCCCAUCGCGAGGCAGGAAGCGCAAGACCCCGCCAAACGCAAACCAGGACGCGCAGCCCGCGCAGACAGCCCCUCCUCCCCCCGUUCCCAUCCAUCCGCACCCUGGACCACCCCCUCCAGGCAUGCCCCCGCACCUUCCUCCCCCGCACGCCCUCAUGCCCCCUCAUCCGCACCAUCUCGUACCCCCACACCCCGGGGACUACACGCCGGGAGGCAUGCCGCCUCCGGGUCCGCCAGGUGCCCCGCCGCCCGACGAGCAACAGCAGCCACCAUCGCCAACUCAGGGCGGAUCAGCUGGGCGCCCGCUCAGCCAGAGCAAACGCGCAGAGCAGAACCGGAAGGCGCAGCGCGCAUUUAGGGAGCGGAGAGACCAGCAUGUGAAGGCGCUCGAGUCGCGGUCGCAGCUCCUCGACGCCGCGCUCGCAUCUGCGGACGAGGCGAAUCGGCGCUGGGAGGAGUGCCGCGCGCUCGUGGACAGCUUGCGUAUCGAGAUCAACACCCUCCGAGGCCACAUAAGUGCACUACAGGAGGAGAACGGCAAGCUGCGCUCGGCGCUCGGACCAAACGCCCCCGAGGCUGCAGGUGUCGCGCCGUCCGUGACCGUAUCCGCAUCUGCUCACGAGCAGUCGGCGGGAGAGAACAGACCAAACGGCGAACAUCAGGGUGGUGCGGCGCGGGAAGGCGGGAAAGACUGAUGAUCACGAAUCCAACGCGUUUCCUUCGACUGGGCUGUAGGUCGUAUCCUAGUAGACACGUUCUCUUGUACGAGCUUUUUAUAAUAACUAAAUUUCGACAUCGAA